UAGGUUACAGAUAUACAAACACUGAAGUGAAAGUGAAAGUAAAGUAAUGAGAGCAGUAAAUUCUAAGUAGAGGAGGGACAGGAGAUACAUUUCCUGGAACAGUAAAAUGGAGGGAAGGUGAAACAGAAAUUUCUUCAGAUUGGAUUAAAAGUUGCGGCCUGUGGACUGAAGAGACCGUGAGGCAGUUGGACACGUCUGGUUACACAAGGGUGUGUUUUGUUAAAGUUAUAAAAAAAUGGAAGAACUUCAUCAAAAAGUCAUCACGGAUGCUGACGCCCAGCAGUUCCAGCAGCAGUUGGCUCAAUAUGAUGACCAUCAAUUGCACACAUUUUAUGACUAUUUCCAUGAGGAUCUGAUCUACAUCAUGAAAUCACUUGAUCCUCUCAGUAUUCAGAAGCUUUUGAGCUUUCAGAAUAUUGUCCCUGUGGAGCAAUAUCUCUCUAUAAAGAAGCAAUGUGGUACAUGUAGAUUUGCUGAGAAGCUAUUCGAAGAUAUUCGUGGAGCUGGAAAAGACACUAUGUUAGGUUUCUGGAAAAGCCUCUUCGUUCUACAGAAUGAUCAUCCUCACCCCAACCUGGUGGGGAUGCUGAAUGAACUCACUAACACAGGUGAUAUUUUGGAACAGCAAACUAAUUUAGACAAGAAUGGCUACAAUCUGCCCCAGGAUCUGACAGCUUGCCAGAUACAGCUCAGAAAGAAUCUUCUGGAGAAAACUGAGAACCUAGAGGAACACAGAGCCCCAGGAUUAACCACUGAGCAUGAGAGUUUCCAUAUAACUGAACGCUAUUUAGAUGUUAUUGUUGUCUCAGGCCAGCACUUCAGGACACACUCUCGGCAUGAGCUCAUUGCAACGGGGGGAAUACAUGAACAUUACUUACAGAGAGUUCAGAGUAAUUUGGAGAGGAUAAGCCCUAACCGGCUGUUCCGCUGGUGCCACAGAAAGAGAUGUGUGCCACAGACAGUGCUGGUGAGCGGAGUGCCAGGGGUGGGGAAAACCACGUUAAUGCAGAAGUUUGUCUAUGACUGGGCCAAUGGGAAACUCUACCAGAGAUUUGCUUUUGUCUUCUUCUUCAAAUUCCGGGAUCUCAAUAAUAAGGAUGAGCUGAGCUUGGCCCAGAUGAUUAUUGAUGAAUAUCCCUAUCUACACAAUCAGCUUGACAAAAUCUUUCAAGAGCCCAAAAAAUUGCUUUUUAUUUUAGAUGGUUUAGAUGAAAGUAAAAACCAAAUGGACUUUAAGUCAAGUCAGUCGUACACCAACCCACAUUCCAUAGAGACACUAAAUGUGGUUGUGUCCAGUUUGGUUAGACAGUCUGUUUUACCAGGCUGCUCCGUGCUAAUAACCAGUCGCCCAACCAGACUCGCAAUGAUUGAAACUUCUGGUUUCCAAAGACUAUCUGAAAUAAUGGGAUUUUUCCCUAAGGAAAGAGAGACAUAUUUUCUGCAUUUUUUUAGAGAUUACACAAUGGCAGAAAAGGCUUUCCGUUAUGUGAGAGAGAACGGGAUGCUGUACACAUUCUGCUACAUCCCAUCCUUCUGCUGGAUCAUCUGCACCGUGUUAUCCAUGUGCUUCAGAGCCCAGGAAGCAAAAUCAACAUGGACUCCCAAGACUGUCACACAGCUUUUUGUCAGUUUUGUAAGUAAUAUUCUAGCCAAUCACUGUCAGGAAUGGUCUGUUGAUAAAGAACUUCUGAUUUCUAUUGGCAAAAUGGCAGAGCAUGGGGUAAAUAAUCACAUUCUUUCAUUUACAAAAGAUGAUUUGGAAACAUUUAGUGUGGAUACUUUUCCACAUGUGACAACAAGCUUUUUGAUGGAGAGUGGGCAGCCUCCCCAUGUGUCCUAUUCCUUCUUGCAUCUCACCAUACAGGAGUUUAUGGCUGCCUUGGUUCACUACCUUGACUAUUCCCCUGUUAGACUGCAGAAGGCUCUUGAGGAGGCAAAAUCAUAUAAAGACGGCCGUGGGGAAAUAUUCCUUCAGUUCAUAUCUGGACUCUCUGACAGUUCCACCAGAUCCCUGUUGAAGCCAUAUGUUGGAGAUUUAUCCAGUUCAGCCUCCAAGCAUGUUAUCCGCUUUCUCCAGUUAUCCAUGAACCAAGAUAUUGCUUUACAAAUCCCAGAUAUUGACAUCAGGGAAGUUCUCAAUGUCUUUGCCUGCCUUGCUGAGUCCCGCAACAAAGCACUUGUGUCCUCAUCCAUUGGAUCAACCAGACAAUUAAAUUUUUCUGAAUUCCACCUGUCGCCUCUGGACUGCACAGUGUUGGCUUUUAUCCUACAAUCUUGCAAAGAGACAGAACUCUUGGAUUUGACUAAAAGUUAUAUCCACAGUGAAGGACUGGAGAGGGUGGCAUCAGUUCUGCAUACUGUUACUAAUCUCAGCCUCACAGAAAACAAUCUGAGGGAUGAGGACAUGCCUUGUAUUUCUUCCAUAUUAACUCACCCACAAUGUCGGAUCCAAAGGCUCAGUCUGAGGUGCAAUGGACUGACAGAGGAAAGUUGUGCUACACUAUCUAUGGCAGUCAAGGAAAACAAAACCUUAAGGGACCUGGAUCUGUCUAGGAACAAACUGUCAGGGAAGGAUUUCAAUAAGUUGUUGAAGGUUAUUUCUGACCCGGCCUGUAGUAUAAAGCAUUUGGGACUCCAAGAGAUCAAGUUGACCCCAGAAUAUGCUAAAUCGCUGCUCUCCUUGACUAACAACACCAACCUCACCCACCUCAAUAUCAGCAGCAAUUUCUUUGGUGAUACUGGUUAUCCUCAUAUACAGAAACUUAUAUUGGAGCACCGCAGCCUGAAGGAGAUCAAGGUGAAGAUGAACGACUUUUCAGAGGAAACAGAGAAGAACCUGCAGCAGCUGCAGACACACAGACCAGAUGUGGCCAUUAAGUUUUGAUGGACGGAAAUAUCAGCAGUUUGAGGAAGGAAUUACAACUGAUGGUGGAAAUGUUACAGGAGAAGGAAAGGAUACAAUAAAGCUGUAAUAGUGGCUAUUAAACCCA